AUGACCAUUACUUCCAAACAUAUCGAUUACAAAGACGCGGACGGCACCGUGUACGAAGGAGUCGUUUAUAUUCCAGAAAAUGCAAAAAACUCCAAAGUACCAGCCGUUUUGGUUUUCCCAGCUUUCCGAGGAAUCACUGAAUUCGAGAAAGACAAGGGACAUCAAUUAGCAGAGCUCGGAUAUUUUGCAUUUGUUGCUGAUGUUUAUGGAAAAGGAGUGAGACCAACUGAGAGAGCAGAUGCAUUCGCGACCAUGGGUCCACUUGUUUCAAAUCGUGUCGAGAAACUGAAACCAAGACUUUUCGCUGCUUUGGACACUUUGAAGACGUUUUCUGAAGUGGAUCAAUCGAAGAUCGCAGCCAUUGGAUACUGUUUCGGUGGUCUCUGUGUUCUCGACUUGGCGAGAUACAAUGCAAAACUGAAGGUAGUGGUUUCUUAUCAUGGAACACUGAAACCAAUUCCUGAUCUUCCACUUGACCCAAUUAUUGAAACAUCAGUUCAAGUUCAUCAUGGAGACGCAGAUUUCCAUAUUGCCAAGGAUCAAGUUGAUGGAUUCCACGAGGAGAUGAGAACUCGUCAGGCAGACUUUGUAUUUGUAUCACAUGCGAAGGCAGUUCAUGCAUUCACUGAACCAGAAGCUGACAGUUUCAAUGCUCCAGGAAUCGGAUAUAACGAGAAAGCAGCGAAGAGAUCUUGGAAGGCAACACUUGGCAUUUUCGACGAAGUUUUUGCUUGA